AUGGAGAAGCUGUUGGUAAAGAUCUUCGACAGGAAGAAAUGGAUCGUCAACCAAGCAAAGCAGCAGACCUUCCUCUUCGAGCAACACCUCGCCUCCAAAUGCCUAAUUGACGGAAUUGUCCCUCCUCCCUGGCUUUGCUCCUCCACCGACCCCAACAGUGUGUUGAACAAACAAGAGUUAAAUUCUGGAGUUCCACUCCCUCGAGCGCUGCCUGUGAUCCCUUUUAGUAGCCAUUGUUCUGUAUUUGACAAGCCAGCUCCCACGACUCUCACUGGGGAGCUACCAAAUGGUUUGUGCACUGAACUUCAUGUUUUGGACAAAGGUUUUGGUGCUGGAGAUAAGGCGUUGGUUUUGCCGCAGUGUUCUGUAAGUAAUGCUGGGUGUGUAUCCAAUGAUGUUCCUCAUGGGAAGAGAGAAGAGGAUCCUAGUGUUACAUCUCCAGGAGAUGUGAGGGACGCAAGAAUCACAGAUAUUUACCAUGAUCUAGCUCUAUCACCGACUAGAGGUGCAGGAGAUGGGGUAUUAAUUUUGCCACAGUGCCCUGUUAGUAGUGCUGGAUGUUCUUCCAACGGUGUUCCUCAAGAUCAGAGAAAAGAGGAUCUGGGUAAUACAUCUCCUGAAGAUCAAAGGGAUACAAGAACCUCUGACAUUUACCAUGACCCAGCUCUAUCACUGGCUAGAGUUCAGAGAUCCAAACCCAGACAAAAAGCUCUGGAAAUUCGCAACAGUGCCAAAAAAACCUUUUCACAAGAAAAGAACAAUGGUAUUGGACAUGCUAAUGGAACAAUUGGGUGUGCAAUAUCUUACCUACAGUCUGACCAUGUUGAUGAACUGAACUUAGUCAAACCUCCUGAUACAAGUGAUUAUGCUUGUGCAGUGGAAGAAGCAAACAUAGGGGAGUUUCAAAGCAAGGAAAGAGGUGCUACCAUCUACUCUGGUAGAAUUACAAGAUCUAGAAGCUCUGGUCAUCAGGAGAGCUCUUUGAAUGUCAGUGGCUCGGUUUGUAUUGACAGGAAAUUUGGUGGAGCACUUUCAGAUUCUAUUGGCAUAUCACCUCAGCAGUCCAAACAUGUAAAUAAAUCAUUGGAAUUGGUUAAUUACUCUCAUAUCACUAAUGAAAGUUGCCAAGAGAAUGAAGCAAAAGUAGGUGAACAUUUUAUCAAGGAAAAGGGAAGCAGCAUAUACUCUGGGAGAACAACAAGAUCUAGAAGUGCUAGUAGAAGAACCUAAUUGUC